AUGGCUGCCCAACGAUUUGUGCUGCUACUGGCUGCUGCCAUCCUCCUCGUGGGUAAUGCUGCUGCCACACUCAACGGAGUCAGCCAAGCCGUCAGCAUCCCUGCAGACGAGAAGCAGUCGGCGCAUCGACUGUUGAGGUCUCACAAGUCUGGGAACGUAGCCGACGAAGAAGAAGAAAGAUCUUUCGGCAGCGCGAAGGAUCCAGACGCGGUGUCCACGAAGCUGGGAUUGGCGAGCGUUCGAGGACUGGCUGACAACUUGGACGUCGGACAAAAGUGGUUCAAGGCGAUUUUGAAGUUCAGGGCCCCGAAGAAGGCAAGCAUGUACUUCCCGGACGAGUACAUUUGA